AUGAGCAGCAGGGUGACAUGCAGCGCUGUCUGUGUUAAAAAGAAAGUGAAGCUGAAGGCUGACAGUCGACAUCCAGACAACAUGAAGGCUUCAUCUGUGUCUCUGCUGCUCGGUGUGUCUGUGCUGCUGCUGUCUGGACUGACUGAUUCUGCAGAUUCUCAGGUUAUUCUGGAGAUUCCUGCACUUCCUGUGGUGGCAGGAAGUGAUGUCACUCUGCGCUGUAGAAACAAAGAUCAGGUCGCACUCGAAGCCUUUUUCAUCAGGGAUGGUUCUAAACUUGGAUCUGGACCUGAAGGACAGUUUACCAUCAGGAACAUCAGUCAGUCUGAUGAAGGUCUCUACUGGUGUUAUUUUGAUCAGACUGAAGAAUCUCCUUGGAGACGGCUGAGGUCCUGCUGCCCCUCCUCCUUCCAGUACUUCUCCUCCUUCAGCCUCCCCUCCUCUCUCCUCUCCCCUCCAGUUGGACUACCUGUGGGUUCUCUGGUUCUUCUGGUUCUUCUGGUUCUGGUCCUGGUUGGAGUUCUGUUGCUCCGCAGGAAUCAAACAGGUCUGGCUGUGCUGACCGCUGCAGGUGAGCUGAUGGAGGGCUGCAGUCGAAAAGUAAAAAAGGAUCUUGCUAAAUGUGGUUGA